AUGCCCCUGGAAAAGCUAGGGAUGAGCACCUCCCUGAACUACAAGUCCUUCUCCAAAGAGCAGCAAACCAUGGAUAACCUGGAGAAACAGCUGAUUUGCCCUAUCUGCCUGGAGAUGUUCACCAAGCCUGUGGUCAUCCUGCCCUGUCAGCACAACCUCUGUCGGAAAUGCGCCAGCGACAUUUUCCAGGCCUCCAACCCCUACCUGCCGACCAGGGGAGGCACAACCGUGGCGUCGGGAGGCCGCUUUCGCUGUCCCUCCUGCAGGCAUGAGGUGGUCCUCGACCGGCACGGCGUCUACGGGCUGCAGAGGAACCUGCUGGUGGAGAACAUCAUUGACAUCUACAAGCAGGAGUCCACAAGACCCGAAAGGAAGUGUGACCAACCAAUGUGCGAAGAGCACGAAGAUGAGAGAAUUAAUAUCUAUUGUUUGAACUGCGAAAUGCCCACCUGCUCCUUGUGCAAAGUCUUUGGUGCCCACAAAGAUUGUCAAGUUGCUCCUCUCACAAACGUUUACUCUCCAUCCGAGCUGAGUGAUGGCAUUGCAGUCCUGGUGGGGAGCAAUGACAGAGUGCAAGGGAUAGUCACGCAGCUGGAGGAGACCUGCAAGACAGUUGAGGAAUGCUGCAGACGACAGAAAGAGCAGCUGUGUGAAAAAUUUGAUUAUCUCUAUUCUGUACUGGAAGAAAGAAAAAAUGAAAUGACACAAAUAAUCACUAGAACCCAAGAGGAGAAACUGGAACACGUCCGCUCCCUGAUGAAGAAGUAUGCAGAUCAUUUGGAAGCUGUGUCGAAGUUGGUUGAAUCAGGAAUCCAGUUCAUGGAAGAACCAGAAAUGGCAGUGUUUUUGCAGAAUGCCAAAACAUUGCUACAAAAAAUUAAUGAAGCAUCUAAAGGAUUUCAAAUGGAAAAAAUAGAAGAUGGGUAUGAAAAUAUGAACCAGUUCACAGUGAACCUCAGUAGAGAAGAAAAGAUAAUACGAGAAAUUGAUUUUGACAGAGAGGAGGAGGUAGAAGAAGAAGAGGAGGAGACGGUGGAUGGUGAAGAUUUGGAUCAAGUCCACACAGAGUCAUCAGGAGAGGAGACACAGAGCAUAGUGGGAGAACCCCUGGCCGAACCUGCUCCAGUGCCACAGCCUGCCACCCCGGCCAGUCAGGAUGAGGUUGUGACACCAAGUGGUUCUCAACCAACCCCAGAGUCUGACACUCAAGUGCCGGCCACAGCAGAAACCACCGAUCCCUUGUUUUACCCUAGCUGGUAUAAGGCUCAGUCACGGCAAUCAAGCAGUCCGAGCUCGACCCCGGUGAGUGGGUUGGGGAAAGUAGGGCCUCCUGUUUCUCUGGAAACGCAAAGUGCAAAGAAGGCAGAAGCCCCGGCAGCAGCAUCGAUCAAGGAGAGCACACCAGGGAGUGGUAAGGAAAGUAAUGCCACUGCAGCGACGUCCAAGACUGGUUCUGAACCAACCCCUCAAGGACGAGUGGAGGAAACUCCCAUGAGCAAUGAGAGGGGUGACGAGCCGGCUCGUCAUGUCUUCUCCUUCUCCUGGUUGAACUCACUGAAUGAAUGA